AUGGUGGCUGUUGACAAAGACAAGAACAGUUCUUAUGCCUUUCGUUGGGCAAUUAGACAUCUUGAUAAUCCUGGAUUUGAACCGCGUCUCUCGUGGUUACAAAGUCAGACUAAUAUGGUUACAUUGUUGAACGCAGAGGGCACACUUGUUUUUGAACCCGAUGAAGAGGAUGUAGCAAAUGUUUUCGGUAACUUACGUGGAUUGUGUCAACGUAAAGUUGUCACCGUGAAAGAAGCUGUAGUCGAUGAUAAUGAUGUUGUGAAAGGAUUAUUAGAUUUUGCAAACAAAAAUCUUGUACAUAGUAUUGUCAUUGGUGCAUCCACCAAGAAUCAUUUACCAAGUCUUAAAAAGUUUAAAGCAUUUAAUGAUACACCAACAGCCAUGAUGAAAUCAGCACCAGAUUAUUGUUCUGUAUACGUAAUUUCAAAAUUGAAGAUUGUGUCGGCUAGAUCGGCGGUACGAUCAAUGGCGAAUCAGACUAGUCCAAUAAAACAACUACCUUUUCAAGUAUCCUCACAGAGUGAAUUUGAAGGUGGAAUAAGGUCAAUACUACCUAGAACCGGUGAAACUAAUGAAGCAUCAGAAUCUAGGUCUUUUGACAGCAUUGUUGGUACAGUAAAAGGAACGGCGCGUGAGAGGCCAAGGAGUGCAGGAAGCAAUCAAUCAUUGGACAAUAUCGAUCUACCGGGUGGUCGUGGACGACAAUGGGCGUCAAUGGAUGAAAGAGAGAUGGUGACGCUUGCGCCAAUUGUCGAUGUAAAUAGUGAUUUGGAUCUAAUAGAUUCCUAUGGGACAAAGCCAACUAAUCUUACCUCACAAGAACUUGAAGCUGAGAUGAAAAGAUUGAGGCGCGAACUGAAGCAAACUAUGGACAUGUACAGCUCAGCUUGCAAGCAAGCAAUCUCAGCGAAAAAUCAGGCGGAACAAAUUCGUCAAUGGAAAUUGGAAGGGGAAAAAAAGGCUGUGGAAGCCAGGUUGUCUCAAGAGGCAGCUCUUGCAAUGGCGGAAAGGGAGAAGGCUAGAGCCAAAGCUGCAUUGGAAGCAGCUGAGGAAGCCAAGAGGAAGGCUGAACAGGAGGUACAAAGAAGAAGGGAGGUAGAGAUGAAGGCAAGGAAAGAGGCCGAAGAGAGGGAUCGAGUAUUAACCGCAUUGGCUCAGAAGGAUAAUCGAUAUCGAAAAUACACAAUGCAGGAGAUUGAAGUUGCUACUGAGAAAUUCUCACUAUCAAAGAAACUAGGUGAAGGUGGAUAUGGACCUGUGUUUAAAGGUCACCUUGAUCAUACCGCAGUUGCAAUCAAGCUUUUAAAUCCUGAAGCUUCUCAAGGAAGGAAGCAAUUCCAACAAGAGGUUGAGGUACUAAGUUGUAUUAGACAUCCAAAUAUGGUCCUCCUCCUCGGAGCAUGUCCGGAGCAUGGUUGUUUGGUGUAUGAAUUCAUGGAUAACGGUAGCUUAGAAGAUAGAUUAUUUCGAAGACAAAACAGCAAGCCUCUAUCAUGGCAAAAAAGGUUCCAAAUAGCAGCAGAUAUUGCAACGGCACUCCUUUUCCUUCACCAAACAAAGCCAGAGCCUAUCGUGCACCGAGACCUUAAACCAUCAAACAUUCUUUUAGACAGGAAUUACGUGAGUAAAAUCAGCGAUGUUGGCCUCGCGAGAUUAGUCCCUCCUUCUGUAGCUGACAAUGUGACACAAUAUUACAUGACUUCGGCUGCUGGAACAUUUUGUUAUAUUGAUCCUGAGUAUCAACAAACAGGAAUAUUAACAACACAAUCAGAUGUUUACUCAUUGGGGAUAAUGCUACUACAGAUAAUCACAGCCAAACCUCCAAUGGGACUUGCUCACCAUGUUAAAAAGGCGGUCGAAAAUGAUCAAAUCGAGGAGAUUCUUGAUCCUGUGGUGACUGAUUGGCCGGUUGAAGCGGCUCUAUCAUUUGCUAAAUUAGCAUUGAGUUGUACAGAACUCAGCAAGAAAGAUAGGCCAAGUCUUGCAACAGUUAUAUUGCCAGAGCUUAACAGGUUAAGAGACCUUGGAGAUACUGAUAAUCAUGUUUUUACUGAUACUAAGAACAAUUGCCAUACGCCACGCCCUCCUAUGGCUAACUGAAAUCAACUGUAGGAGACAGUCGGUAGCAAGGCCGACCCUGUGCAAGGGCAACAUGACCCUUCGCACAAGGCUUCA